GUAACUUAGCCGUCCACGCGGAAUUGUUUGUUCAUUGUAAUGGAAAACCUUGAUCAGAGUAACAAUAAAAACGUGUCGCUGAGUUUAAUUGCCGAAUAUGGCUCGGAAUCCGACUCGGAAGACACGAGAUCGAAUGACAAUAUGGGAAAUGAAGAUUCGGAUGCUGUGGAACUCAGUGAGAUGGUGCUAAAGAAUAAUAUUAUCAAUGCCUGUGCGCACGGUCCACUAUCGGAAGGUAGUGAGAGUGAUGUCGGGGUUACAAGACACAUGAUAAUUGAUAGCUCAGAGAGUGGAAUCGUGGAAUACGAUGUAACCGAGUACAGAGAUUUGGACAGUGAUUCUGACUCCAGUUCAGAUGACUCUAGUGACAGUGAUGUAGAUUCUGUAAAAGAUAUUGAAGAAUUAUCUAGCGGAGAUGAAUUAGAUGGCAGCAACCGUGGCAAGCUUGAACCUCCGAAGGUGCAUGGCGAGCUCGGGCUGGACGAUUUGCCACCCAUAGAAGAUCUUGCCAUUAGUCUUCCAGCACAAGAAACCACAAAAAUUGGAACUAUUAUCAGUGUAGUUGAUAGAUUAGUUAUAGUACGAGCAAUAUCUGACUCUACAGUGGUAGAUUUGGAUAGCAUUCUUUUUCUAGACAAUGGAGCCAGAGCCUUAGGAAAAGUUUUUGAUGUUUUUGGACCUGUGACGGAGCCGCACUACUGCGUGCGCUUCAACUCGGCGGAGCACGCGCGCGCGCGCGGCGCGGCGGAGGGCGCGGCCGUGUUCGUGGCGCCGCGCAGCCGCCACACCAGCUACGUCUUCCUCUCUGCGCUGAUGAAAGCAAAGGGUUCUGAUGCGUCAUGGCUGAACGAUAUAGAGCCUCCACCAAACCACAUCGACUAUUCGGAUGACGAGGAAGAACGCAAAGCAAACAAGGCUAAAAAAGACCAUCAAAAACAAAAUAAACAGCAAGAUUCAUCUGACACUGGAGAGCAUUCUAAAACCCCUCCUAGAAAAAUGCUAGAAGCGAGACGAAAUCGACCUUCAGAAUCGAGUAGUAGAUUUGGUGGUUCGAGUCGAGGUCGCGGUUCAGCUCCAGGUUUCCGAAGAUAUCCCAAUCAAUUUGCGAGGGCUCAAAAACCUUGGACCGACCAAGAGAUGAGAACCCCCCCACCACAUCCCAAUGUAGACCCUGGUGGUGCUUACAUUACCCCUCCAACCUUUAACCCCAUGUUUGCCCCUUUCAUCCCCACACCACCCCCGUAUAUGAUGAAUAGGCUCCCGUUUAAUAGAAACCCUAGGAUGCAAGGGUUACCUCCAAUGAAUAUGCCCCCUUUCAAUCAAAAUCUCCCAGUUUUCGGUUCUAAUUACUGUAAUAUGCCCGGACAGUUACCUCAAUGGGUCCACGGUCCCCCGCCGCCGCCUCCAAGCACGUAAUUAUAUUUGAAAACAUCUUGAGAUCUUACAAAUUAAUACAUUUAGUCAAUAGCUAGUGCUGUGCUUAACAAAACUAGUUUGCUUAUCCAAAUAUCUAUAUUUAUAACGAAUAAAAUGUAAUACGGAGUUCAAUAAGGUUUUUAUUUGAGUAUAUUUUUAUACAGUAAUAAAAAAAAUUAGAAAUAGACUAUGUUUUGUAUAUGUAUUGAUUUUUUUUCUUUUUUAAGUGAGAAAACAGUUUUGGUUAAGCGUGAAUUUGCAUUAAUGUUAUUGUAUAUGCACUUGAGUUUUAUGUUUUAAAGUAUUUGUGUUGUAUAGAGAAAAUGUCUAGACAGAAAUUUUGUCCUUACAACUAAAAACUACUGGCAGCAAAUAAAAAAUACGGGAAAUUCGAAUUAUAUAAUAGUUACAGACUGCCAUAAUGUAUUGAACAAGUGUUAGUUCAUGUUCCAAUGAUAUUCAUCUGAAAUAAGUCUUAUUUUAACAAAACUCUGUAAAACUAUUGUAUGUAGUUAUAAUUUUUUUUUUAAUUAAAAGGCAUCUUGUUUA